ACUUAAUUAACGCACGGAAAGUUCGAGAGCCGGAGUUGGAGGGUUAUAAAAGAGCCGACAGGAGGGACAUCGAGGCUUUUUUCUCUUCUGGAAGCCAGUGGCCUUUUGCCCUUGUGAAUCAGUGACCUUGUUGAGAUCAGUUUAAGUCAAUAGAGUGCAAAUUUGGACGUCGAGAAUAAAGAGCAACUGCAGAGGAAGUUAUCGGGGCAUUUUUGGAAUUGGACAACCCUGCCGCACCCUGGUUCGAGACGACAAGACGCCAAGCAGCUAAGCCCGCCAAGUUGGACCGGAGUAUCAGUCGUCGUUGGAUAAAACAAUAAUUGAGUCUCCAGAUUGAAAAGAGACAUCAGAUGAGAAUGACUUAUUCAAACAUGGCAAACACACAGUUAGAUGGACGUAGAAUGUCUGCAGGCCAUGUGCAAGGCCGGAUUAAUUCCAUGGCUAACCCGGGCUCGACAGACAUAUUUCUAUCAAUACCAACGUUGUCAACAGCUACAAACAUGACGUCAACAGUCAUAACUACGAUGAGUAGCAGAGUUGGCCAGUGUUCCUUACAGGCCGAGAAUGAGUUGCUCCGACCGGGUACUCAGGCUGGAGGAGCUAUCCAUAAUGGAAACGAAUACUCUGAGCCUGCCAUAGAUAAACGUCUGGAGGGAAUUAAUAUAUCUCCGGACAUGCUGAGAGUCUCCGAUCAUUUAGACCAAACAACUGAAGCAACGUGUCAAUGGAUUUCAGAACAAAGAGCAAUAAACGCGGAAACCUCUGCCACUAUCAAUCGAGUGUCACAGAUAUUAGGAGAGAUGGUUCAUUCUCAACGAUAUUUUAUGAACAGGCUCGACAGUCGUGAUAAUUUUACCUGGUUGCACUCUCCGGUAGAUUGGAAUGCAACUGAUUUUCAAUUACGUGGUUCAACCGUUGCCCCUUCAGGUCAAGGUUUGGCAGGGGGGGGGGAGGAGUAGUUGCACCGUCUUUUCCAAGAAAUCAACUGGAGAAUAGCAGGGACAGGACUGAUUCUGGCCAAACGAUCCCUCUAUCAGAAAGGGUCAAUUACCUGCAAGAGCAAUUACAACAGCUCCAACUGUUCCAGAGCCAACAAGCAGGUGCACAAAGCGAGUUUGCGUUCCAUAACCAAGACAACUGUGGACGAAGGUUCGGUCACGACUCUCAAGGCCAAAACAUAAGACCGGGGAUGACUCCACCUCCAUUCCAAAGUCCAUACCAAAAUUUGAACAGAGGUACCAGGUACUUUAUGCACGAAAGAAGGCGCAAAGAUAUUUUAUCAAGUCUGAGGCUUGGUAACCUGAUCUUUCCACAAGAUGGAAUGUCUGUCGAAGAAUUUCUGCAUGCGGUCGAGAGCAGAGCACACCGUUAAGGCUGGACAGAGGACGAAGUCCUGGGUUCCAUGGGGUACAUACUCCGAGGAACACCAGCACGCUGGUUUGAUAACAACUACCAGCGCUGGGGUUCUUAUACUCAAUUCAAGAUGGAAUUCCGCAAGGCUUUUGGUAGUGCAACGACAGAUUACCAAAUAAUUCACGAUAUUGGUAAACUGAGGAUGAAACCUGGGGAAAAUUUCACGGAGUUUGUGUUAAAGGUUCAGCAAAAAUAUUUGACCAUGAUGAGUCCUCCAUCCAUAGAGGAUCAAGUGACAAAUAAUAGAAACUAUCUAACUGAUGAACUGCGAACUCUGGUUUUCUCUAGGCCGGUAUACUCAUACGAAGACCUUUUGAACGCUCUGCAUGAAGCCUCGAGGUACAUCGAAGAAGCUGGACAGUCUUGUCAGACUCAGGAAACAGUAAAGCCCCAGGAGAAGACAAAGGUUAAGGUGAUUGGGCCUACAGUCGAAAAAGGGAGGUGCCAGGAAGAAGAGUUGGAAUUAUCAGGCUACAGAACUCCAACUACAUCGUACGAUAAUAAGUAUGGGGUUCAGGUGAGAACAAACCAGAACCAUUAUCGGCAGCCUUGUAGAUUUCAGACUCCAAGAAUUCCCAGGCCGUGUUACAACUGUGGUGUUCCUGGACACUCCUUUGUGGGUUGCGAAAACCCUAGACAAGAUGUCUGUAACAAUUGUCUCAAAAUUGGUCACACUCGACAAAACUGUUCGCUGUUGACAAACGAUAACGGCAGGAAAAGCUCUUUGGAUAGUGCAAACUCUAGUGAGCAGUGUAAUGAUCCCAGAACUGAAAAUGAACGGGAAACCCACUUACACCUGUCCCGAGUUCUCCGUCGGUUCAGUUCGUUCAAGGAGCAGCAAUGGGGUCUAGUGAGGGUUCGAUAAAUGUUGAGACAUCUGGCUACUCAGAGCUAAGACAGGCUUUUAAGCUACCUUGCUCUGAUUCAGGCCCAUCAACAUCAUCUGCGGCAUAGUCUAUGGACACAGUUAACUUCAAUCAACGCAUCUCUUUGGCCAGAAGAUCAACCAGCAAUUAUAAAACAGGGCAGUAGGCUAUUUGAUGAUCCUAGUUGUACUAUAAUUAACACUGAUAGUAAGACUUAUACUAAUUGUACUUUAUUUUCUUUAGCAGGGAAUCAGGAGAGCAAUGAACCUGUAAUUUUGAUGGAAGAUGAACUGGACCUAGGUUUUGAAGUUGAGAAUGACAAGACCCGUCUGUGGUCCCAGAACACAGGCCCUGGAGGUUGGUCCUCGAAUCAAGAGGCCCCUAAUAACACACUCGAAACGUCAUCUAGGGCAGCUUUCAUUCCAA